AUGGAUAUUGAAGAAGCAGAUAAUAUAGUUUUAUCUUCUCCUGUCUCUCUCAAUCCCAUGGUUUGUCAGCAGAAUGGAGUUUUUUCUCUUGAAGAUCUUGCUUGGGUUGAUUCCUGCCUAAAUAAGGAUUCCGAUAUUUCAGAAAGUGAUUGGACCCCUCUCAGGGAUGCUUUGUCCAAUAUUAUCAGUUCCCAAUCUAAAUCAUUCAGGGUUGAUGCUAGACAAUAUAAUCAAACUCACCACUACAGUAAGGGGAAAAACAUUACUUCGCCAUAUAUUCAAGAAUCUUCGACUUCUAAUGCAAAUUUCUUACAAAAAGUUGAGCUAAUAAGAAUGGCUAAUCAAACAAGCACUGAUAAAAUUCUAGAGGAUGAAUUGGCUGGGACGACUUUCCAAGGAGAUCCUUUUCUGCCAACUUAUAAUGAAGACCUAAAGCCAACUUAUGAGAGGGAACAUGCAUCUGAGAAUAUCUUCAAGGCCUGGAAUUUGAAUUGUGCAAAUGAUGAGAUGGAGGAGGCAUCUGAGAAUAUCUUCAAAGUAUGGGAUUUAGACAUUCCAGUUGAGGAAGGUGAACUCGUUAAAUAG